UAGACAUUUUAAACUUCAAAUUAAUGUCUUUAAUUCCAUAAUUAAGCUUUUGUGUGUUUAUUAGGUCAUAAUACAUAAUAGUGUAGCUAUGCCGUGCUCAGUAACAUAAAUUAAUGGUCUACAGAUAUUAAGUAUAUGAUUAAUACAUACUAAAAUACAAAACAGUCAAUUGAGUGAAGCCCGAAUUUGGCUAAGAUAUGAAUUCUGGUACGAAGAAAAUGGAUCCAAACCCCACAGGUUUGUGGGUGACCUUUUUUACAGCUGCAGGUAUUCCGUCUGAGGUAGCAGCAACAUACGCCCUAACAUUUACUGAAAACAGAAUUCAGAAUGAUAUGUUGUUAGAUUUAAACAAAGAGUACCUCAGGGACAUGGGGAUAGUACGAAUGGGAGAUAUUAUUGCCAUAUUAAGGCAUGCCAAGCAAGUACAUGAAAAUACAGCUAGGGAUAAAGUGCUGAGUACUACGAAUGUUGCAAACAUAGUUCCCGUGGCUGCUGUUGCAGGACGGUCCACUGUUUCACAGCCAUCAUCACCGGCAACCCGAAUGCUUGAGCACUAUACACGUAAUCGAGACCCUUCACCCAUUGCAGUUGUGCAAAACAAAAGAAAGUCAGAUGAGUUUGCACCUCAAGAAUUGGCUGUAAACAAUAAAAAAGCUAGGCUUAUAAGGUUUAGUAAUCCUCCUAAAGCACAAGCUACAUUACCUAAUCAACAAGCAUCUGCAAGUAAAACAGUGUUUGCUCGACUCGGUUCAUCAGAUCCUAAACUCGAACAAACACAAAAGGAAACAAAACUAGUGUUCGCUCGUCUCGGUUCCAAAAACGCAGUUACUGAGCCAAUACCAAAAGAUGCGUUAAAAUAUGAAGGAAUAUUAAAAAGCCCACCGGUGGCAAAGCGUUCCUUUACAGUCACAACAAAAAAGAAUAAUACAAGGACUUGUGUGGGGACAAUGAGGGCGGAUGAGACACCAGUCAGUGUUAAGGAAAAAUUGACUUUGUCCAGAGCUAAGUCGGUUAAAUUCUCAAACCGUGUAGAAUAUAAAGAAAUAGAAAUGCAAAAACCUGUGGUGAAAUUUACUUCAGUUUUUAAUAAACCGGAGAGACGGUUGUCAAUGCCCAUCACAAAUACUGUCAAGGCCAGACUCGGUGUUAAAAAGGAUAACAUUACAAAUAGUUUGUUUAAUAGAUUAGGUGCUGAAUUAAUUUAAAAAAGUGCUUAAUUCAGAUAUUUCUUUAUCUUACCCAAAAUUAAAAUAAUAUUAAAUAUUUUUUUAUAAUAUGCCGGAAUAACGUUUGUUAUGGAAGGCUAUAAAUGCGGAUUUCUUUCUUAUUUAUGAGAAGCAUUUAAUACUUAUCUAUUUCACAUUACUUCACUUUUUUGAGCAGUGUUGGCCUUGUGGCUUCAGCGUGCGUUC